AGGUGGAAGUGGGAAUUGAAAAUUGUGAAACGCCUGCCAAACGCGACUGCUUCUUCAACUGGUUUCCUUCUUCCGAAUAUUUCCCUUCCUCCCUCCCUCCCUCCCUCCCCAACACUCUCCCGCGAUCCCAAUCUAUAUCUGCUCGCUCUCUCUCCAAAUCCAAAUGGGAAUUUCGAGUAGCAAUAGAAGAAGAAACAACCAUAACCUCUAUCUCCCACACCCACCUCCCCACUACCUCUCCCCUCCACCUCCUCCUUCCUCCUCUUACUAUUACCCCUCAGAACCCCCACCACCCCCACCACCACCACCUCCGCAUAACUAUCUCCCUUAUCCUCCACCACCUCACCAUCCUUAUCCUCCUCCUCCUCCUCCUCCGUCUCGAGCUCACCCAUACUAUUACUCUGGUGGGUAUAAUUCUUACAAUAAUGUCAAUCCCAUGACCGCUCGCUUCAACUACCACCCUUAUCAUGCCAAUCAGGCUAGUGGGUGGCCCGCAGCCAGGCUUCCCGUGAGCCCCGCGGUGGAGCCACCGCGUUAUGUUGAGCAUCAGAACGCGAAGAAGGUGAGGAAUGAUGUGAAUGUGCAUAAGGACACCUUGCGGGUAGUGCUCGAUGAGCACAACCCCGAUAACUACUUGGUGUCUUUCGUUUUCGACGCCUUGUAUGAUGGGAGCAUCACUAUUUGCUACUUUGCCAAGGAAAAGCCGAACUGUCGGUUUGUUCCACUACUUCCCGAAGUCUUUAUGCCUGUGAGAAUCCCCUUUCAGAAAGGACCUGGCCAGAAAUUUUGUCAGCCUUCAGGAACAGGCAUUGACUUAGGCUUCUUUGAGCUGGAUGAUCUCUCAAAGCCAUCACCCGGAGAAGGAGUAUUUCCUCUUGUCAUAUCUGCUGAAACAUACUCACCGGCUAAUUCAACAGACGAGCAAUUAGGUGAGCCAGUGCCCAACACAAACCCUCAUAUGCAGAUAACACAAGCUAUUCUAGAGAAGAACGGUGAUGGACCUUUCCAAGUGAGAGUUAUUAAGCAAAUUCUCUGGAUUGACGGAGUUUGCUAUGAGCUUCAUGAGAUAUAUGGAAUAGGAAGCUCGGUAGUGGAAGGCUUUGAUGACAGUGACCCAGGAAAGGAGUGUGUUAUAUGUAUGACAGAACCUAAGGAUACAGCGGUCUUGCCUUGUCGACAUAUGUGUAUGUGCAGCGAGUGUGCAAAAGCAUUGAGGCUUCAGUCAAAUAAGUGCCCUAUAUGCCGUCAACCUAUCGAGGAACUAAUAGAGAUCAAGAUAGAUAAUGGUAAUCAGUGAGAGAUUCUUUUCUUCAGCAAAAGUUGGAUCAUGGUACACCUGUCAACUUCUUUCUUUCUUUUCUUCCUUUUCUUUUUUUUUAUAUUUCAUCACCUAUUUUUAUAUCUCAAUAUAUAUAUAUAUGUUCUUUUUCUUUGCAUAUUGUAAAAUCAGUAUAUCCUGUGAUAUUUUAAUUACAUGCAGUGCGAGUGUUUGUGAAUCUCUUAGUGUUUGAGAGUCUUGGCUACA